GGACGGUGGUGCGGGGCGGGUCAGGCCGGCGCGCGGUGCCCAGCUGACGCGUACCGGCCGAUCGCAGGCUAGGAGACCAGGAACGGACCAGGAGGUAGCGUGACGUCACGUGUGCCGAAGAGACCGACCUGCCGAUCGCAGGCUAGGAGACCAGGAACGGACCAGGAGGUAGUGUGACGUCACGUGUGCCGAAGAGACCCACCUGCUGAAGAGGCGUGUCGGCGAGUGCUCGUGUUGCCGCGAGGAAGCGUGGAGAGUUUCUGCUCCACUGGCGAGAGGGCAGCUCAGAUUUUGACGCCUGCUGGGGCCUGCGUGCGUGGAUCUUUCGUGCUCGCAGGAGAAACACGUCCGAGAGACGCUCCCUGCUACAGGAAGAGGUGCCGCCGACCAACUCUGACAGCGUGCAGUGGACGUCAUCCAGACGGACCUGGAGUACGCCGACACCAGCAUGGCCGGCUACGCGCCCUCGGACGCCGGCAGCGCCGCCAUCUACUCAGGCGUCGUGCCCCGGCCCGAUGACUUCGACCCCGUGAUACGGGCGAGACGGCAGGCUGAGGUGGAGAUCACGGAGCAGCCGGCGUCCAAGGCGCUCCGGUUCCGGUACGAGUGCGAGGGCCGCUCGGCCGGCAGCAUCCCCGGCGCCAACUCCACCUCCGACAACAAGACCUUCCCCAGCGUCAAGGUGGUCAACUACCAGGGCCCGGCCGUCGUGGUGGUCUCGUGCGUCACCAAGGACCCGCCGUACCGGCCGCACCCUCACAACCUGGUCGGCAAGGACGGCUGCAAAAAGGGCGUGUGCACCGUCAACCUGAACGUGGAGACGAUGUCGGUGACGUUCCAGAACCUGGGCAUCCAGUGCGUGAAGAAGAAGGACGUGGAGGAGUCACUCCGCCUGCGCGAGUCCAUCCGCGUGGAUCCCUUCCAGACCGGCUUCGACCACCGGCUCCAGCCGACCACGAUCGACCUGAACACGGUGCGCCUCUGCUUCCAAGUGUUCGUCGAGGGCCGCGAGCGCGGCAAGUACGUGGUGCCGCUCAAGCCAGUCGUCUCCGACGCCAUCUACGACAAGAAAUCCAUGUGCGACUUGAUAAUAUACAAGAUGUCCGACUGUUCGGCGUCCGUGGCCGGCGGGAAGGACAUCAUUCUGCUCUGUGACAAGGUUACAAAAGACGAUAUCGAGGUGAGAUUCUUCGAGGUGCGGGACAACCGGCUGCACUGGGAGGCGUUCGGCGAGUUUUUGCCGGCCGACGUUCACAAGCAGGUCGCCAUCAGCUUCAAGACGCCGCGCUACGCCACUCUGGAGCUGGAGGCGCCGGUGCGGGCGCAGAUCCAGCUGCGCCGCCCCUCCGACCGGCAGUACAGCGAGGCUCGCCCCUUCACCUUCACGCCAUUGGAUUCAGACGGCAUCGAGGAGAAGAAGCGCAAGAUGGCGCGCAACUCGGGCCGCCUGCAGCGCUAUUUGACCGAUAACCUGGCCACUGACGGCCCCAGUGGCGGGGCCGCGGCCGCCGCCCAGUCGUUUGACCCGGCCGGAGCGCGGCCCAAGAUCAAAGCGGCCACGAAGCGGAUGAAGCAGAUCAAACACGAGCCGAUGGACGCGCCGGGUGGCGAGCCGCAGUACCCGCCGACCAACGGGACAGCGGCGGCGGCGCUGGGCGGCGGCGGCGGCCUCGUCUCGCCCACCAGCAUGUCUGGCGGCGGCAUCGUCAGUCAGCCGGCGCCGUACGGGGUCCAGCAGACGCAGUACAUCAAGCUGGGCGCGUCGCCGACGGCCGGCGGCGACUUCAUCAAGGCCGAGUACCUGUAUCCGGCGACGACGAGUCCGGCCGGCGCGCAGUACCAGGGCUACCGGUCGCCGCAGCACCCGGCGGCCACGCCGCCGCCGCCGCCGCCGGGCGCCGUCUCGCCGGCACCGACGCAGCACCAGCUGCUCGACAUGGACACGCAGCGGCCGGUCAGCUCGGCGGCCAACAUCCAGCUGGAUCUGGCGCAGCUCAACUCUGCCGACCUCAACCUGCUCAACUUCCCCUCCGAUCUGGAUGCCAACGUGCAGGCGAUCGAGGGACAUCUCUCCAGCAACCUGUCGCAGAACCUGAGCUUCCUGGAGGAGGCGGAGCCGCCGCCGCCGCCGCCGCCCGCCGCCGUGCCCGUGUCAAUGCCUGACGACGAGGCGCAAGACGCGCAGAUGGACAGCUUCACCCGCAACACCAUCAACGAGCUCGAGUUCCUCAAUCAGCUUAGCAAACGGUGAGGACGCGGCGGCGGCGGCGGUGGCGCGCGCGCCGACACGUGUGAUCUCUCAGGCGGGAUGGCAUCCGGGCGAGUGCGAAGGGGCGGAACGACGGGUGCGGGCAAGGCUUGUGAAGGCGGCGGUGCGUAUCGCGUUUCCUCCGUGCAGCGCUGUAUCUGUAUGUGUGUGUGUGUGUGUGUGUGUGUGGAGGGAGGCUCGCAGACCAUCCACUCUAGACGGCUGUUGGUUGUUGGGAUGUGCGUGCUUUUCUGAUCGUGUCGUCCGGUACAUGGUAUGACUGCGCAGAUCCAUCACCGAGACUCGGUCGCUGGUGGGUGUCGUUGGUUUUUGCCGCGGCGUUGCUAUUCCCCUGUAUUACGGCUUUCUCUCAUGAUUGUGAGAGGCGCGUGACUCACGCUUGUCAAAUGCGCGCCGGAAGUUCAUCUGGUGUCGGUUUUCCGGCCCACAUUUCUGGGUUGCGGGGAGAGCGGCAGGAACUAAAUUCGUGUUACUCAUUCAUCCAUGCCGUUUUUACGCAUACUCUGGAGUCAUUUUGCAUCGGUGCGAUGGCCCCGCUAGUUGUGUCGGAUCGCUGUGUCGAUGCGCUAUGGCGCAUCGCGUUUUAGCGCGAUCAUGGACCAUUUCAUAGCGGAGUGAAGCGGUGCCGGUUCUGCGUUGGUCAAUUGCCCGUUUUUGGCACGUGGGUGGCUGUCAUCGUGCUCCCUGCCGCCAUGUCGGUGCUCGCAAUAUACAUGUGUACGCGCAUCGCCGGCGCUAAUUUCGUAGAAUCUUUUGUGCGAACUGUUGGAAACUGUUUUUUUUUCUUAGACCACUGUCAUCUGGGUGCCUGCGAGGCCCCUGCAUAGUUAUGUCACGGGCCUGGCCGUUCAGACCUGUGUUCAUCUUCAUCGCGAUUAUCGGUGCUGUACUGGUCAAGACGACGCGUCCGGGUCACUGUGACCUGACCUGGCGCGUACCGAACACUUGACUUGUUCGGAGGGCGUGUUCCAAAUACAUUUUCUCGCAGCGCC